AACAGCGUGGCAUUCCUGCUGGUUAUUCCAUUGAUUUUACCACCCAAAUUAGCUGUCACCUGAGCAGAUUUCUUAGGAUUGAUCACUUCCAGAGGAUGACUCGUCCUAUUUGCAUUGCUUACCUUUUCAGUCAGUGAACAUAUAUUUUGUGGUCACUUGCAUGGCCAUCCUCUUACCAGAGAAUUUUGUUCAGGGAUAUCACGUGGUUCCUCGUCUCAAUCAGAUGCAUGAUAAGUUCAGUUUGCGAAAACCAUAUUGUUCAGCUUUGCAACCAAUUGUUCUUUGAAUAUGCUAGGAGUUCCAAGUUUUCUUCUUCGGCUUUAUUCUUGCCUGUCAUUCCAAGUGCUAUCACUGAACAAGAAUAAUAAAGUCAAUAUGGAAAUAUCUGGACAAGUGAAAUUAGAUUUACUUGGCGGUAUUGGAGUUGCGGAAUAUCUUUAUUCAUGGUAAUGAAAGCAUGAUAUCCAAAUCUGGAGUAUCCAUCAAUUCCACUUCAGAUGACUGAUGUUGCAAGUGCUGGAUCUAAUUUUAAGCGGUGCACCGCAAUGUUUAAUCAUAUGUUGGUAUCUCUUCUUGCAUUAGUCUUAUUGGCUCUUCCAUUUAAUGGCCUUUGGGGUUAUCCUGGACUCUCUACUACUUAUAUUGCUAAAUGACUAAUCAUAUGGCUCAAGGUUGUGGGGGGCGAGAUCAUAGAAUUCAUGAAUUUAGAGGCAGGCCUGAGAGAAGAAACUCUCCCCGGCGGAGGUAUUCCCCUGACAGAGAUACCAGAGGCCAUUUAUUUCGUAACAAGAUGCCACCACGUUCUCAAGGAUCUAGUCAAUCAAGAUCUCCCAUCAGGAAGAGUGAGAGAAGGCCUAAGAAGAAAGUAGAUGGUGGUAAAAGUGAUUCAUCAGGAAGUUUCAACACCUCUGAAAAUGAAGAUAGAAAAAAAGAUGACAUACAUUCCAGCAGUGAUGAGAAGGAUGACGGCGAAGCACAGCUGAAACAAAUUGCACUGGAUAUGAAAGCAUUGCAUGAAGAUAAAUCUAAACUACAGAUGAUAUUGGACAAGAAAAUCGAGGAAGCAGGCAUAAUUUCUGGCAGAGUAGAUGAUCUUGAAUCACAGUUGAACAAAGAGAAAGAAGAUUGUGAAAGGAUGACCUCCAAAAUAAAGAAACUCAUCAAAGCAUAUGGGCGUUACGUGAAAGCACAGGAUGAUUUAAAAAGGUCUCAAGGCCGUUUUGAGAGGUUGGCUGAUUCGCUUGCUUCUGAUUCCUUGAAAUCUGGUACCAAAGAACAAGGGUCCAGUGUGAAUGCUGGUAAUGACGACCCAUAUAAUGCUUAUGAAAUGAGCCCAGAUGAUCAGCGACAAAAGAAUGGUUCAGCAGCUAGAAAAAGAUCUGCUGCCCUUUCAACAAGCGAAGAAGAAAAAACUGGAAAGAAAAGGAGAGUGAAUGGUGAUGAUAUGGUCCACAUGUCAGGGAAAUAUAGAUCAGAAGAUGCUCUGGAGUCUUUAAAAAAUAGCAAAGGAACUGAAUCUCUGAAGAAAUUAGGGGAAGAUGGCAAUAAUGACGAAAUAAAUGUCAUUUCUUCUGGCAAUGAUUUUACAGACAGGUACAAUGGCAACGAGGAGGAUGAUCCUGUGGACUUAUAGACUCGGGUGGUGGGUGGCAGAUUUCAGCAGUAAGGAGUUAGAUUGAAACCUGGGUGGCUUUGAAACCCAGUGCUUUUGCUAUAUCAUAUCCAGUUCUUUAUACAUCGGGCGGUCGAAGCUCAGUGUCCCCGCAGCUGUGCUCUGCAGCAGUUAGCUUACGUGAAGACAUAUAUUAUAGUAUUGCCGAAACAUGUUUUGCCUCAUGGGGAAGUUUUCUUCUUAAUAUCGCCGGACCUCGAAGUUGCUACCUGAGCUUGUAUGGAGCCUAUGACAGCCCUUCCUGAUAUUGUUUAGAGGUUUUGACACCCCUCAUAUGUUAGUUACUGCUGCUAUUUUAAAGGCCUACUUGUGCCUGAGGAAGUGGAAUGCAUUAUAUCACAUGCCACCUAUAUUUGCAAUGCAAUGCCAAUUUGGUCCCUGAACUUGAGGGUUACACAUUUA